AUGUUUCAAGAAACCUUGCAGUACGCGCCUGUUCUCUAUACCAAGAGACUAACUCUAACUCUCGUCGAUUUCAACAACAAGGACGAUGAGGAAGCCUUCAUAGAAUUGCUGGGAACCAUGGUCGGAGGAAUCUUAAACCUCUCCGAUACAGAAAGAAGAAAAAAUGCAGAGGAAUCUGUCGAUUUCUACCGUUCACAAGGUCGGAUCCAGCCAAAGCUUCUGGGUGGCCGAAGAGUUGAUCAAUCUGCUAUUUGGCUUAUACGGCUCGGAGCAAAUUCACCACAAGGAAAGUGCAUCGGCACGGCGUACGUGGUUCAGAGGAGUCUCAUGCCUGACCAAUCCUGGAUCCUUUCUCCUGAGUACCAGGGCAUGGGUUACGCUACCGAGGCUUCUAAAGAAGUCCUGCGAUACUUUUAUGACGAGCUGGGGCUCCGGGACAUGAUGGCCAUCAUAGCUCCAAAUAGCCCAAAGAGUCCGGGCGUUGCCAGGAGAGUGGGUUAUGUGCCUGUCGAAGGCGGUAUACAGUUUGAGGAUGGAGUGACAAUCCUUGUCCUGUUUGUUCUGCCCACAGCUAUGUCGCUUCCGAAGGAUUUGGUGUUUCGGCGGUUUGGUCGUCCAGAGUAG